AUGUAAGAAUAAAAUAUAAGAUAUUCACAAUUUCAUAUAUCUCAUCCUAUUCCCGACGAGAACCACAUUCAGAAUGUUUUCGAGUCUUUCAUUACUGAGUAUAAGAAUUUUAGAGAUAAUGUGCCUAUUGGAUGCAUUACAGAUAAAUGUUCAUCAAAGUAACAGGAGAGGAGCGACUUGAGUGUUUUCUGUGGAGCUGGAGGAUAUCUUUAUUUGUAUUUGAGGAUAUACGAGUUUGUUUCGAGUUUAAGUCCGGAGUUGUAGUAAUAAUGCACUCAAGGAUUGACGGAUUAAGAGUUGUCAGAGUUUUAUAACCCAGACACAUUUUUAAUGUUGGCCAAACAAUAAUACAAUGCUAUAAAGGCUUCUAUAAAGGCUGAUGAUAACAUCUCCUUCUACAUGAGCAACUCUGCAAUUUCUUUAUUGGGGGCUGAUAUGUUUUUUUAUAUGAAUGACAAGGAGAAUUUUAAAAGAUGUGUGACUGAAGUAUUGAAUCAAUUCGGAGACAUUGUAGCUUAAACGAAGAAAUACGAACAAGAAUUGUUGUAUGGCAUACCAGGAUACCUUUAUUCUUUGUUGUGGUUGCAUAAGAAAUAUUCAAAAGAAAAAGAUCAAUUUCAAUUGGACCUGUCCUCUCACAUCCAUACCAUUUGUUAGGUGAUAAUGAAGUAUGUUGGGAACGGCGUUAUGAAAUGCUAAUUUAGCAAUAGAUAGUAUUACGGGGCAGCUCAUGGAAUUUUGGGUGUAAUUUAAAUGCUUCUUUUGAGUUAUGAGUCAUGCAAAGAGUAUUUUCAUUUGAAAGAUGAAUAGGGAUUACUUUAAAUGUUAGAAUCCAUUUAAACCACAUUGGAUCAUCUAAUUAAGAUCUAUUAUUAAAAUGGCAAUAUUCCAUCCUCGGCCUAAAAUGAGAAGAAUUUGAGAUUGUUUUAGUUCUGCCACGGAAUACCAGGAGCCAUAGCUCCAAUUCUAAACGCUUAUUAGAUAUUCAAUAAGUAGGACUAUUUGAAUGCAGCGAUACACAUGAGUGAAACUCUCUACAAGUAUGGGAUGAUUAAGAAAGGGUAUGGAUUGUGUCAUGGAAUACCAGGGAACAGUUAUGGAUUUAUGCAGUUGUAUAGAAUAACUGGGAGUGAGAAGUUGAGGCAGUAUGCUUUCUAAUUCUUGCAAUACAAGAAGAAUCCUCAUAUAUAUAAUGAAAUAAAGAGCUUCCCAUUUAAGGACAGAUUUAAUAUUGGAAUUUCCGACAAUCCUUUUAGUUUGAUGAUGGGGAAUGUGGGAGACAUGUGUGCAAUGAUGGAUUUCAUAAGUUAUAAAAGAAUGCCAGGAUAUGAAAUUUGA